AUGGAGGAUCACUUUCGUCCAAGCUUCUGGAGUGGCAACGUCCGGCCGAGGGGGGCGGCGUCCUCUUCGAAGGCCGGCCCCGCCAAGGUCGUUUCCAUCCCUGUCCACUUCAUCGGUUCCGACGAGAAGGAGAAACGACAGAAGACUCCCCCGGCGGCCGCCGCCGCCGCAGCGGCCGACGGAAGGCCGAGGGCGGGAAUCACUAUGUUGGCAGCCGCCAUGAGGAUCCAGAAGGCCUGCAGGGGUUUCUUGGUGAGGAAGAACAUGAAAGUCCUCCGCCAGCUCGAGGUCGAAGUGGAGAUCGUCGAGAAAGAAGUCAAGGGAUCUGAGGACCGGCUAGGUGCUGAUGCGAAGGAGCGGAUUAGGGUUAGCGAGGCGCUGAUGUCUCUGCUCUUCCGGCUGGACUCCGUCCGUGGGGUGAGGGACUACCGGCGGAGGGUGAUUCGGAGAGCGAUCGCAAUCCAGGAGGCCGUGGAUGCGAUUGCAACGGCCGACACUAAGGGAGAAGAAGAGGAAGUGGUUGCCUCUGGUGGCGCAUUCGCGGAUCCAUCUGAGGAUGCAUCCGAGGGGAAGAACAUCUCCGAUGAAUCCGGAGCAGCCCCAGUGCCGACGGAGGAGAUUCGAGCAUCGGUCUCCGCGGUAGAUGAUGGCGCGCCGCUAUCUAGUUGUGAACUGGUAGAUUCAGAGGGGCUGUCAGAGGUCAAGGAUACUACUGCCGCCGACACCAUGGAGGAAAUCCAAGAUGAAGUCCUGGCCUCGGGAGAAGAAUCGCAGGACCGCCAUGGAGAUCUUUCGGAGGAUGCGAUUGAAAGCGAGGAAGUGAGGGGGGAGAGAUCUGUUGCAGCCAGAAUGCUCCCACGCCUUCCGACCCCAGCUGGAGUCGCGCAGCAGAGUACAGGCGACGGUGAAGAAGCCAGACGGUGCAUGACGCAGUUCAUGGAAAGAAUGGCGGAGGAGAACAGAGGACUGAAAGGGCUGGUGGCGGAGCUUUGCGAGAAGAACGAGAUCCAGUUCCAUCUGAUGAGCGGCCUCUUGGAGAGGGUCGGGCGCCUGGAGAGGGCCGUCGAGAAGAUGGAAAGACAGAAGAAGAGACGAGCCGCAGACUCGAAGAAGGCCCGCGCCAGGAAGUGCGAGAGAAGAUGGUGA